AGCGCCACUCCGCUGGCUACGGCUGCUCAGAGUGUGCGGUGCUAGGUGGGCUCGCGUUUUCAGGGCAGAGAAGUCUUGCUCAAGAAGCUGCAGGAGGACACAGCUCGGCUGAGGUGGUAUUAGAGCAGCAGGUCCUGAAGUGGCGGACCUAGCUCUGGCAACACCUACCUCCCUGGUGUGCUUACAGGAAAACUCAUCAGGACCUUUGCAUCUGGAAAGCUGUGUAAAUGCAAUAAUCAGUGUGGUGAUGUCUCGGGAGACGGAUGUGGAGUGUCAUCAGCCGCAUGGCAGUGCCUCCCCACAGUCCCAAGGUGGCUUCUCGCAGUCCCACGGUCCCUCCUCACAGCCACACAGCUCCUCUUCACAGUCCCAGGGCACGUCCAGCUCCUCCACCAGCACGGUGCCCACGUCCAGCCAGUCCUCUCACUCCAGCUCGGGUACGCUGAGCUCCUUAGACACAGUGUCCACGCAGGAACUCUAUUCUAUUCCCGAGGACCAAGAACCCGAGGAGCCUGUCCCUGCCCCUUGGGCUCGAUUAUGGGCCCUUCAGGAUGGAUUCUCUAAUCUCGAGUGUGUUAACGACAGCUACUGGUUUGGGAGAGAUAGAAACUGUGAAUACUGCUUUGAUGAACCCCUGCUGAAAAGAACCGAUAAAUACCGGACUUACAGCAAGAAGCACUUUCGGAUCUUCAGAGAAAUGGGUCCUAAAAACUCUUACAUCGCCUACAUAGAAGAUCACAGUGGGAAUGGAACCUUUGUAAAUAAAGAUCUUGUAGGGAAAGGAAGACGCCUUCCUUUGAAUAACAAUUCUGAAAUUGCACUUUCAGUAUGGAAUAAUAAAGUUUUUGUAUUUUUUGAUCUGACUGUAGAUGAUCAGUCAGUUUAUCCCAAGGAAUUAAGAGACGAAUACAUCAUGUCCAAAACUCUUGGAAGUGGCGCCUGUGGUGAGGUGAAGCUAGCUUUCGAGAGGAAGACGUGUAAGAAAGUAGCCAUAAAGAUCAUCAGCAAAAGGAAGUUUGCUAUUGGCUCCGAGAGAGAGGCAGAUCCAGCACUCAAUGUUGAAACAGAAAUAGAAAUUUUGAAAAAACUAAAUCAUCCUUGUAUCAUCAAGAUUAAAGACUUUUUUGAUGCCGAAGAUUAUUAUAUUGUUUUGGAAUUGAUGGAAGGCGGAGAGCUGUUUGAUAGGGUGGUCGGAAAUAAGCGCCUGAAAGAAGCUACAUGCAAACUCUAUUUUUACCAGAUGCUCCUGGCUGUGCAGUACCUUCACGAAAAUGGCAUUAUACAUCGGGACUUAAAGCCAGAGAAUGUUCUACUCUCAUCUCAAAAAGAGGACUGCCUUAUAAAGAUUACUGAUUUUGGGCAGUCCAAGAUUUUGGGGGAGACCUCUCUGAUGAGAACCUUAUGUGGUACCCCCACUUACCUGGCUCCUGAGGUUCUUAAUUCUUUUGGGACUGCUGGAUAUAACCGUGCUGUGGACUGCUGGAGUUUAGGAGUUAUUCUUUUCAUUUGCCUUAGUGGGUAUCCACCUUUCUCUGAGCAUAAGACUCACGUGUCACUGAAGGAUCAGAUCACCAGUGGAAAAUGCAACUUCAUUCCUGAAGUCUGGUCAGAGGUCUCAGAGAAGGCUCUGGACCUCGUCAAGAAGUUGUUGAUAGUGGAUCCAAAGGCACGUUUUACGACAGAAGAAGCUUUAAGACACCCGUGGCUUCAGGAUGAGGACAUGAAGAGAAAAUUUAAGAAUUUGCUUUUUGAAGAAGAAAAGUCGAUGACUCUGCCCCAGGUUCCCGCCCAGGUAUUCUGGAUCAUGGUCAUUAAAUGUAGGCUAAGUUUGAAGAGUCAAAUGAGUGGAGGAUAAGGAGUUUGAAUAGUCUCUUUAGCAGUGAUUGCUUAACAUUUUUUUGGUAAGGAAUAAUGUAGUAGAUACUUUGUUUCAGCUUGAUCUGCUCUGGCACCUUUAGAAGAUUUAAUAAUGAAGACCAUGUUUAAUGCAUUAGAGAAACACAGCUAGGGGUUAUUCAGGAAGUCUCCUGUAAGGCAAGAUUGGAAGACUUAUUAGAGGCUCAGAUUUAAAUUUGCUGAAAAAUUUAAAAUUUGGGGGAGUGGUUGAUGAUUUCUGAUUAUAAUCUUAUUCCUCUAAAGUUCUUUGUAGGUAUCAGUUAAUAUCUGUUCAUUCCUGUCCUGCCUUCUUUCGGUAACACUCCUCUUCCUACUGCUCCCUUGCAAUUUUAUAAAUGGGGAAACAAAGACACAAAAAAGAUUGUCUUCCCACAAAAGAGCAAGACUUGAGGCUCCCUG